CCCCGGGGCUGCCCCAGCCCCCGAAAGCCGCCCCGGAGCCACAGCCCGGCCUCGUCGGAGAACUCCAGAGCGUCUGGGCCCCGGAGGUCGGCCCUCAGACCCCCCGCGGACGUCCGGCCUCCGAUCCGCCCCCGCCGCGGGAGCGCUGGGCCGCGGGGAAGCUGGGCGAAGCCUUCCAGUUUCCGUUUCCAGCUGCCCUGGCCGAGGAGAAUGGGGCCUUCGCAGCCUGAAGAAUGAAGACACGACAGAACAAGGACUCAAUGUCGAUGCGGAGCGGACGGAAGAAGGAGGCCCCGGGACCCCGGGAGGAGCUGCGAUCCCGGGGUCGGGCCUCGCCGGGGGGAGCCAGCUCCUCCAGCAGUGAUGGAAAAGCAGAGAAGUCCAGGCAGGCGGCGAAGAAGGGCCGUGCGGAGGAGCCCACCACCCCCAAAGGCAGCAAGCAGGGUCCGAACGAGAUCUCCGAGAGCGAAGGCGAAGAGACCAGUGCCCCCAAGAAGCCCAAAACCGAGGAACGGCCCCGGCCUCAGUCGCCCUCCGACCUGGACAGCCUGGACGGGCGGAGUCUGAACGGCGACACGAGCAGCGACCCCCGGGACAUCGACCAGGACAACCGAAGUACCUCCCCCAGCAUUUACAGCCCCGGCAGCGUGGAGAACGACUCCGACUCUUCCUCCGGCCUGGCCCAGGGCCCCGCCCGCCCCUACCACCCGCCGCCCCCCGACGGCGCCCCGCGCCCCCCGGACCACCCCGCCGGCUACCGGCCCCCGGCGGAGCCCCCGGCCGCCAGGCUGUUCCAGGCUCUGCCCGGGGCACCCCCGGCCCACCCCCAGCUGUACGGCGGGGCCGCCGGCGGGGGCCUGCUGGCCGGCCCCAAGGUAGGAGGUGCCACCCCGGCCGCGGGCACCCCCGGCCCAGGGAAGCAGCAGCACCCCCCGCCCACCACCCCCAUUUCCUUGUCCGGGCCGGGGGCCGGCGGGCCCCCCGCCAAGCCUCCCCCGCCCCCCGGGGUAGGCGGCAACCCACCUCCCGCUCCCCCGCCAGCACCCUUCCCCCACGUGGCCCCCAAUCUGCCCCCGCCCCCGGCCCUGCGGCCCCUCAACAAUGCCCCGGCCUCCUCCCCGGGGCUGGGCGGCCAGCCUCUGCCCGGGCACCUCCCCUCUCCCCACGCCGUGGGGCAGGGGCUGGGCGGGCUGGCCACCGGCCCUGACAAGGGCCCCGCCCUGGCCCCCUCGCCCCACCCGAUGCCCCCCGCGGCCGCUGCCACCCCCUCCUCCUCCAGCCCGGCCGCCCCUCUGAGGUACCACUACGCCUCUUCCGGUGGUUCGGCCUCUGCCUCCUCUGGCCCUUCUUCCUGCCCUCCCUCGUCGUCGUCCUCCUCCUCCUCCUCUUCCUCCUCCUCCUCCUCCUCCUCCUCCUCCUCUUCCUCGACGGCCUCCCAGUACCCGGCUUCCCAGGCGCUGCCCAGUUACCCCCACUCCUUCCCUCCCCCAGCCGGCCUGUCGGUGUCCAGCCAGCCCCCCAAGUACACUCAGCCGUCCCUGCCUUCGCAGCCGGUGUGGAGCCAGGCGCCCCCGCCCCCCCCGCCCUACGGCCGCCUCCUGGCCAACGCCAACAGCCACCCGGCCCCCUUCCCCGCCCCACCAGCCGGGCAGCCUCCCUCCCACCCCCCGGCCCCGCCUCACCACCACCUCCAUCACCACCAACAGCAGGCCCAGCCGCAGCACGGGGGGCCCGGGGGGUACCCCCACCCGCUGGAGGGCAGCGCCGCUCACCACUCGCACCCCUACGCCCUGUCCCUGCGCCCCUACCCGCCGGGCCCGGCCCACCUCCCUCCACCCUCCCACGGCCAGGCUCCCUACGGCCAAGCCGCCCCGCCUGGGCCCACCGCUUCUGCUGCCUCAGCUGCCAUCGCCUCCUCCUCCUCCUCCUCCUCCUCCUCCUCUUCUUCCUCCUGCCCCUCUUCUUCCUCCUCCUCUUCUUCCUCCUCUCAAGGGCCCUACCCCUGCUCCCACCCGUCCCCGUCCCAGGGCCCCCCUCCCGCCCCGUACUCCUUCCCCCCAGCCCCCCCUGUCACCUCAGCCACCCUGUCCACCGUCAUCGCCACGGUCACCUCCUCCCCGGCCAGCUACAAAACGGCCUCCCCGCCCGGACCCCCAUCCUACGGCAAGCGCCCCCCGUCCCCCGGGCCCUACAAGACGGCCACCCCUCCGGGGUAUAAGCCGGGGUCUCCCCCCACCUUCCGCACGGCGACCCCGCCGAGUUACCGGGGCGCCUCGCCCCCGGGAGCCCCCGGGACUUUCAAGCCGGGCUCGCCCCCGGCGGGGCCCGGGCCGCCCCUCAGCGCGGCUCAGAUCAAACAGGAGCCGGCCGAGGAGUACGAGGGGCCCGAGAGCCCGGCCCCCGCCGUCCGCAGCCCCUCGCCGGCCCCCAAGGUGGUGGACGUGCCCAGCCACGCCAGCCAGUCAGCCAGGUUCAACAAACACCUGGACCGCGGGUUCAACUCGUGCGCGCGCAGCGACCUGUACUUCGUGCCCCUCGACGGCUCCAAGCUGGCCAAGAAGCGCGCGGACCUGCUGGAGAAGGGGCGGCGCGAGGCCGAGCAGCGCGCGCGCGAGGAGAAGGAGCGAGAGCGAGAGCGCGAGCGCGAGAAGGAGCGCGAGCGGGAGAAGGAGCGCGAGCUCGAGCGGAGCGUGAAACUGGCCCAGGAGGGCCGGGCCCCGGUGGAGUGCCCGUCGCUGGGUCCGGUGGCCCACCGCCCGCCCUUCGAGCCCGGCAGCGCGGUGGCCACGGUGCCCCCGUACCUGGGCCCGGACACGCCGGCCCUGCGCACCCUGAGCGAGUACGCCCGGCCCCACGUCAUGUCUCCCGGCAACCGCAACCACCCGUUCUACGUGCCGCUGGGCGCCGUGGACCCGGGCCUGCUGGGCUACAACGUGCCGGCCCUGUACAGCAGCGACCCGGCCGCCCGCGAGCGGGAGCGCGAGGCCCGGGAGCGCGACCUGCGGGACCGGCUGAAGCCCGGCUUCGAGGUCAAGCCCGGCGAGCUGGAGCCGCUGCACGGCGUCCCCGGGCCCAGCCUGGACCCCUUCCCCCGGCACGGCGGCCUGGCCCUGCAGCCCGCCCCGCCCGGCCUGCAUCCCUUCCCCUUCCACCCGGGCCUGGGGCCCCUGGAGCGGGAGCGGUUGGCGCUGACGGCCGGGCCCGCCCUCCGGCCCGACAUGUCCUACGCCGAGCGGUUGGCGGCGGAGAGGCAGCACGCGGAGCGGGUGUCGGCCCUGGGCGGCGACCCCCUGGCCCGGCUGCAGAUGCUCAACGUGACCCCACAUCAUCACCAGCAUUCCCACAUCCACUCCCACCUCCACCUCCACCAGCAGGACGCCAUCCACGCCGCCUCCACCUCAGUGCACCCGCUCAUCGACCCCCUGGCCUCCGGGUCCCACCUCACCCGGAUCCCCUAUCCGGCCGGGACCAUCCCCAACCCGCUCCUGCCUCACCCCCUGCACGAGAACGAGGUUCUGCGUCACCAGCUCUUCGCCGCCCCGUACCGGGACCUGCCGGCCUCGCUCUCGGCCCCCAUGUCGGCGGCCCACCAGCUGCAGGCCAUGCACGCCCAGUCCGCCGAGCUGCAGCGCCUGGCCCUGGAGCAGCAGCAGUGGCUGCAUGCCCAUCACCCCCUGCAUGGGGUACCCUUGCCAGCCCAGGAGGACUAUUACAGUCACCUGAAGAAGGAGGGCGACAAGCCCAUGUGAGCUUCGCCAUCCGCCUCCACCCCCAGCCGCCCGGGCCGGGGAGAGCCGCCCGCACGGAGCCACCGACCGAGCACACCAGCC